CGUUCUCAAAGCCUUCCUCUUGUCACAACAUUUUUCUUCUGUUAUCCAGAAACCAAAAGAAAAGUCUUCAUUUCAUAACUUUCUUCUUCGAUUUUAGUUUCAGUUUCUCCAAAUCUUCUUAAGUUAAGCCAAUAUGGUAGCUUUUGGCAACUCAGUUCGCGAUUCCAGUUCUUUCGACACUAUCCUUUUCGAUUUGGAUGAUACUUUGUACCCUGGAAAUACUGUAUUAUCUGGAGCUCUCAAGAAAAACAUUGAAGACUUUCUUGUGGAGAAAUGUGGAUUUUCAGAGAGCCAAGCUGCGACUCUCAGAGUUGAGCUUUUCAAAACUUAUGGCAGUACUCUUGCUGGUUUAAGGGUAUUGGGAUACAACAUUGAUGCCGAUGAUUAUCAUAGUGUCGUACACGGAAGAUUGCCGUAUGAUCUUAUCAAACCAGACCCUCAACUACGAAACUUGUUAAGCAGUAUAUCCCAGAGAAAAAUCAUUUUCACAAACUCGGAUCGGAAUCACGCGAUUAAGGCUAUGGAUCGGCUUGGAAUCGCCGAUUGCUUUGAACAAAUCAUAUGCUUCGAGACCAUGAACCCUAACUUGUCUAAAUCGACCAGGCCAGACGAAUUCCCUGUCGUUUUGAAACCUUCCAUGGACGCCAUAAAAAUUGCUCUGGCUGUCGCUGAAGUGGAUCCUCGGCGUACGCUGUUUCUCGAUGACAAUGUUCGCAAUAUAGCCGCUGGCAAAGCCGUGGGUCUUCGAACAGCUUUGGUUGGUAAGACCACGAAAACCAAAGAAGCCGAUUAUGCAUUAGAGAAGGUGAAUAACCUGGCACAAGUGAUACCAGAAAUAUGGGUCAAUGGAGUUGAAAAAGGCGAACCAAGGAUGGGGCGCACCAACAGUGAGAUUGAGUCAAGUCUUGCAAUCACAGCCGUCGGAGCGUGAAAUGAAACCCACCAGCCACCGUCGUGUACAUUUUCACUAAUCAUAUAUUGUCCAUAUAUGUAUGUAUGUGAAUAAAAUGACUUUCUGUAUAUGUAUCUUUAAAGAGUUAAAAUAUGUAUCUCAAAAGUGUAUCAAUGUGCAUCUUUUGUACUAGUAAUAAAAAUAAACUCAGUAUUCAAAUAAAAUAUAA